UUCAACUGACCAAGCUGCAGCAACAGAGAAACUUCUCAGCCUGGAAGGACCAGAGAUUUGGAUCCCAGGUGGCAAAACAGCACUGACCCUCAGGCAGAGCCUUGGUUGAACCAUGACCGAGGAGCCCGGGCGGAAGGACAGUGAGCUUGGACACCCCCACUCCAGCAUGGGCUGUGGACACAAGGACAACAAAGCCAGCCUGGCCUCGAGCCAGAUAGCGUCUUUCAGCCACCAGUCCCCCUCCACUCCUGCCUCCAAGGAAGUGUGGAAAAAGGGCGGCCGCAUGUUCUCCAUCCUGCUGGCCGUGCACUUGGCCCUGCUGGCCUGCACGCUGGUGAGCAGUGGGGCUUUCGAGAAGAUCGCCGUGCACGACUACGAUGUCUUCUUCCUGCUGACAGUCAUGAUGCUGAUUGUCAUCAUCUGGAUCAUCUUCUACCUCGCCGGGACCUCCCGGUGCCCAGGUGCCAUCCUCGGCAAGGACUCCCACGCCGGGCCCAUCUGGCUGAGAGGAGGCCUGAUCCUAUUUGCCAUUUUCAGCCUUGUCAUGGAUGUGUUCAAAAUAGGAUAUUACUCGAGUUUCUACAGCUGCCUGUCUGCAAUCAAAAUCAUCUACCCCAUUGUGCAGGCAAUAUUUGUAGUUGUCCAGACAUAUUUCCUGUGGGUCUCUGCCAAAGACUGCAUCCACGUGCACCUGAAUGUUACCAGGUGUGGUUUGAUGCUAACGCUGACUACAAACCUGGCAGUGUGGAUGUCAGCAGUGACAGACGAAUCUGUCCACAAGGCACAUUCAAAGUUGAAGAAAAACAUGACAGAGGAAAUCUUCAGAUGGCUCCUGAAAGUGGGAAUGAGAAGCAGCUCAGUUGAGGAAUGCAAUUGCAACAGCCAAAUCUGCCAGAUCUUCAAAAAUGGCUACUUUUGGCUGUACCCCUUUAACAUUGAGUACAGUCUGUUUGCCUCUGCUAUGGUCUAUGUCAUGUGGAAGAACGUUGGACGCUUCAUAGACCACCACUCCCACCACAUUCAGCGCCUGAAGUUCAGGCUGUUCCGAAGGACCUUCUUUGUAGGCAUCAUGUUGGGCCUCAUCAUCCUCGUGAGUGGUUUGGGAGUCCUCAUCCUGUACGAGGUGCAGGUAAAUUCCAGCACUGAAUCCAGCAAGAAGAGCCAAGCACUCACCAUGUACUACAUCUUCAACAUUGUUUGUCUGAGCCUGAUGUCUCUUGUCUGCAUCGGUGGCUCUGUCAUCUACCGGUUUGACAAGAGGGACAUGGACCGGCACAAGAACCCCACCAGGACCCUGGACGUGGCCCUGCUGAUGGGGGCAGCCUUGGGCCAAUAUGCCAUUUCCUACUACUCCAUUGUGGCCAUCGUGGCCAGCACGCCAAGGGACACUAUCAGCGCGCUCAACCUCACCUACGCCCUCCUAAUGAUCGCCCAGCACACCUUCCAGAACGUCUUCAUCAUCGAAGGCCUCCACCGGCAGCCCCCCAAGGAGGACUACAAGCAUGAGUCUCACCAGAAGGACCUCUAUGGGCUCACCUUUGUAAACAUCAACGCAGUGUCCCUGCGGGUGCCUGACACUGGCAGCGCUUUGGCCACUGGCACGGCACCCGGCACGGAAGCCACGCACACUUCUGACCUUGUGAGGUCACUUACUGCCCCCAAGAAGAUGAACUGGAGGAGGAAAUUCUUGAGGGAGAUCUCCAUGUUCCUGCUGCUGAGCAAUAUCAUACUCUGGAUCAUGCCAGCGUUCGGUGCCCGGCCCCAGUUUGACAAUGACACAGAACUGAACUUCUAUGGUGACUCCAUGUGGCCGGCCAUCGUGGACAUUUGCCUGCCCUUUGGGAUCUUCUACCGAAUGCAUGCUGUGGCCAGUUUGCUGGAGGUCUACAUCAUGUCCUAA